AGGAAUCCCUUUCUGGGUGGCAGCUCCAGCAGACACAUGUGUUUCUCUGUAUUUACAAAAGAUUUCCCGAAAACAAUCCAAUAAUGGUUAAGGGCAAGAAGCCGUACAUUGACCGCAAGAAGGCGGUCACCUUCCAUUUGGUUCAUCGCAGUCAACACGAUCCUCUUGUGACUGAUGAAACGGCUCCGCAGAGGGUGCUCCUGGAGGUGGCCCGUCAGCAAAAACCUAAGGAGCCAGAGCCACCCACUGAUCCCGCCCAGAGGCAGGAGGAACUAAAAAAGUUCGGUAUUCACUUCGACGAUGACUAUGAUUACAUGCAGCAUCUGAAGAAACGUGAUAACGACGUGGUUUGGGAGUACAUGGAAAAUCCCAAUCAAGCAAGGAAACAUAAAGCCGAGGAUGCUGAUAAACCAGGCCCUGCACCCAAGCUUAUCCUUCCCAGCUCCGUGUUUCCCAGUGAGUAUGAGGAGUCCGUGGGAAUGCUAAACCAGGCUGCUCCACAAACCUUGCGUCUCGACUGGGAUCCCGAUGUGGUGGCCGCUUUGGACAGCGAUUGCGAGAACGAAGAGCUUGAAGAUGACUUCGUGGUACAGGCCAUGGCUGAGGGAGACUCCGAUGACGAGGAAUGGAAUGGCGAAGAGGACGAUGAGGAACACUCCGAUAUGGACUUUGAUUCCGAUGACCUGAACGAGGAGGAAGAUGAGGACGAGCUUAUGGAUCGUCUGGCGCCAUUGAUGCGUGAACGUCGUUUCGACGACGAGGAGGUCAAGUCACGCUUUACUGAGUACUCCAUGUCCUCCAGCGUGAUUCGGCGCAACGAGCAGCUAUCUCUGUUGGACGAUCGUUUCGAGAAAUUCUACGCCUCGUACGACGAUCCAGAGCUUGGUGACCUGGCUUUGGAAGAUAUCGAGGGCAAUUGGCACCAGAAACACCCCGUUGUGAUGCAGUGCUUCCAGGAGUUCAAGAAGAAGGACAAGACCAUCGAAUACAACAAGGAGUGGGAUCGCGAGCGCAUAGAAAAAUAUAGAAAUGUGGUCGAAGGAGAGCAAGAUCCAACGGAGGAGUUGGUCGAAUACGAGGUUGACGACCCCAAGCAGAAGAAGUGGGACUGCGAGUCCAUCCUGUCGACCUACUCGAACAUCUACAAUCACCCAAAGGUGAUCGACGAGCCACGACGGAGUCGUCGUUCCAGUGCCAGCACAAAUCCAGCCCCCAUCCAGAUCGAUCCGAAGACGGGACUGCCCACAAAUGUCCUACGCGGUGGGGUCGAUGGCCAACUGACAGCUAAAGCCCUGGCCAAUCUGGCUGAUGAAUCACCCGCGGCCAGUGGGCCAAAAUCACUAUGCGCCAAAUCAGUGCUAUCCACAUUGAGCGUCCUAUCCAUCAGGCCCAAGGACGAAACCCCCGAAGAGAAAAAGGAGCGGAAACGCUUGCUGAAGGACUAUCGCAACGAACGGCGCAUCGAAAAGAAGGCCAACACGGAGGCCUUCAAGGAGGAGAAGAAACGACAGACGCACGUUAAGAUCAACCAGCGAACCAACCAGCAAGGUGCCUCCAUUGUCUAGCUUUAGUUUCCGGUUCAUUUCUCUAGGCUUAAAUGUGAAGUGUAUACACAGGCGUAUAUAUUAAGUGAUAUCUAUAAACAAAGGAUUGGAUAAACCGACAAA